AUGGCUGCUGUAGCGGAUGUUCCAGAUUCACCGGGACACGAAACUUACUUUGCUAAACCUGAACAUAUAUUCCCACAUCUAGAAGAGGGAAAAAUUCCUACCGAGCAGUUUUUGAAUGCCUGCCAAGGGAUCGCCAGUUUUGUCGGCAAGUUUUUUUUUGGUAUCUUGAAUUGACUUACCAAGUUAUUCAGAGUUUCUGGGAAAAGCGUUCAUCCUGGUUAAAAACGACAUUCAAGGAAAUGUCGUCAAAGUCCGCAACCGUUACGAGAGCAACAAAGAAGGUUUUCUUGCGGUCAUUAUGCUGAAGAAUGUUUCUCGUAUAAAACUAAAAUAAAAAUUUAUCAUAUCUAAAUGAGUGGAUUUAUCAAGUUUUUGUUUGUAUGCCAAUUAUAAGUAGCAAGUAUAAUAAACGGUUCAAAGUGAAGAUUUCAGGGCAAGUGUAUCUCCAGGAUCUUAUCGAUAUGGAUCUCGCCGAACAUGGUGGCCGUUUUGGAAUAGCAACAGAGGGGCUUCUUUGGUUAAAAAGGUGCGUGUACUAAAUACUUUGAAACUAAUCUGAAGUAUUCGUAGGGCUGCCGCGUCUUGUUGAAGGACUUUGUCUUUCUUGGUUUGAAUUAAUUUCGAACGAGUUUUGAUGUUCGUUAUUAAAAAUAAUUUUACAACGUUGAAUUCUAUGGAUCUGUAAAGACUAUUUGACAAAAUAAGAGAGUUGACAAAGGAAAAACUUUUUUUUUUUAAAUUUUUGCCACUUUUCGAGCCUUUUUGUCUCGCAAUUUUCAAAGAGUGUGUAAAAGGGGAAGUGAGUGAUCGAAAUUAUGUUAUUUAGAAAACUUAUAUGAAAAAUUUUGCGAUUUCGCCACCGUUUUCAUGACGUCUCCAUUGGCAAAAAAAAAAACGAACAUGUCCUUUUGCGAGGCAACUUCUGAACGCGAAAGAGCAAAAAUUGCUAUCUGAACAGUAGUUUGGACAGUAUUAUUACCAGCAGAAAAUGUUCAAUUACCAUUCGGUUUUUAAAAUGUUCUCCAUGCUGGAGCCGUUUUUUAUUCCUUGAAUUUUUUCAUUUUUAAAUUUUUUAGGGGCUUGCAGUUCAUGCUGGAGAUGUUAACUCGUAUGGUGACGGAAUAUCGGACAAAUCCCAACCACUCGAAAACAGAAAACUUAUCGUCAGUCGUGGAUCAAGCCUAUCAAAAGUCUCUCAAACGUCAUCAUGGGUUUGUCGCCAAACAAGCUUUUAAGGUAUGUGACUUAAUUUAAUAAUUUUUAGUUUUCAUUUUUUUUUCAAUCCCUCACCUUCAAACUUUAGAACAAUGUCAUUAAAGUAGAUAGAAGGUUUGUUUGGUAAUGAAAGAUUCUUGGAAUUUCUCUAGCGAAUUUAAUUUUCAGAUGUUGUCACAUGCUGUCCCAUACCGCCACACAAUAUUGAAAGCCGUCGCUCUAGGUCAAGACGACCUCGACGAAAUUUGUAUUCGUCACAUCGAGUCGCACCUUGACAACUUUCGUAAGAAUGUCGACGUUCUUGUUCAAUACUAUGUUGAAAAAAAACUUGACACACCAGAGCCAUGA